AUGUGUCCUCGGCAUUCUUCACUCUCUGCCCUGCUGUGCUGUGUUGUCACAGAACUUUCUGGCGUGCAGGUGCGAGGAGAGAACUUGUCUGUCAGUCUCCUUAGAACUGAGGCCGGGGAAUUUGUGUUUACUGACUUAUCCCCAGGGUCUAGAACAGUGUCUGCUACACUCGAUGGCAGUCAGCACUUAUUUCCCUGUGAAGUCUGUGGAAGACGCUUUGCAGCAGAUGUUCUGGGAAGACACGGACCAAUAUGUAGGAAACUAUUCAACAAAAAGCGUAAACCUUUCAAUUCUUUAAGACAAAGAUUACAGGGCACAGACAUCCCCACUGUGAGAAAGACUCCUCAGUCCAAGCCUCAGCCCGUCAGGAAAUCUAACUGGAGGCAGCAGCACGAAGAGUUCAUUGAUGCCAUUCGAUCCGCAAAGCGGUGCUCGCUCGCCAUGAAGGAAGGCCGCCCCCUCCCGCCUCCACCUCCUCCAUCCAUCAACCCAGAUUAUAUUCAGUGCCCAUACUGUAUGAGAAGGUUUAAUGAAACUGCGGCCCAUCGGCAUAUUAAUUUCUGCAAGGAUCAGUCUUCUCGUCGAGUCUUUGAUCCAGCCCAGACAGCAGCCAAACUUGCGUCCAGAGCACAGGCUAGGGCUCAGAUGAGUCCAAAAAAAGAACCGACUUUAACCAGUGCCGUGGGAAAUCUACUACAGAACAGGGUCCUGGAGGGGACGAGUACGGCCACAAACAAAUCAGGAUUAGCAGCAGACCCUGCUUCUGGACCAAAACUCAGACAAGGAUUUACUAAACCUUCUAAAAGAGAUUAACUCCUAGAAGCCAGGCUUGGUCCCUAAAACGCAUGAGACUAGAUGGCCAUGUGCUCAAGAAAGCUACCCAAGGAGAAGGAACAGCAGCCAUCUCUUCAUGUGCCCAUGAGUCCUCUCAAAAUAUCAUGCAGAACGAGCACAAACUAACUUCAAAUUUUAUUUACUUCUAAGAAUUUCAAAACAAGAGCAUGAAAGAAAAACAUUCAGUGUCUGUAA